CUGGGCCCCAUUUGUAAACUGCAAGUUCUUAUGGAAUACUUGAUCAGAUGUGGAACACCUGAUAAUCAGGGGGAAAUAACACUUUUACACUCAUGCAGAGGUCACAGCGAAUGAAAAACGUGAGCACAAUGAACACCGAAAAUACCCCACUGAUCGUUACCCAGGACGAUGUAAGUUUUUCUCGCUACUCUCAGACAUUAAGUGACGCAUAUUCAUGCGCAAUUUGACAAACUCAGGUUUUAACCAGAGACCAUUGCUAUUCUGUAGCCGUUUAUUCAAAGUUCAAGUCUUCCUCGUCGAAGAUAUGUCACAGAAGAACCCAACAGUUCGUACAGAGAAGUGAGAGAGAUUAGAGAGGUGAGGCAUUCAUCAGAACUAACUCGCAGUACGAUUAUUGUAUACCUCGUUGUUACUGACAAUCUUAUCAACGUCUAUUUGAACAGUCAGCUUAUUUCUCUUUCAGAGUUUAUCCAAAAAUGGUGUCGCGGCAGAACCAGGAAGUCUUCAGAAAAUAUCUUCAAAGUACGAGGUAUGUAGUAUUUGGAACCAUUAUUAAUUAUGAACUGGUCGGCGAUCAAGUGAUGUAACCUCACAUGAUCAUUUGGGUAAUUGAACCCCUAUACCUCAUUAUAUAGAAACGGUAACUAUAAUUGUAUCCAGGACAUCUCAUUUUUUAAAGGACACUGACGAAUGCAAAUUUUUAUGAACUGGCAGGCAAUUCAAAUUCUGCAGAUCUUACCCUUAUGGGAGAGUAAAUUUAUGAAACCAACUGGGGGUUACUAUUUGCACUUUUUUGUUUGAUGCAUGGUCACAUGUGCAGCAUCAGAUGUUUAUGUAUAUCUUGUCAUGUAAAAGACAGAUGUUAACUUCAGAACGUAAUGGUAAUAAAUCCUCUGUUCAGCUCACCUUGAACUUGUUCACAAUAACUUGAAUUACAGCAUCAGUGAAUAAGAUUCACCAAAAGUCUUUUGAACCAUUUGAAGUUUUGGGAAAAUUUUCUCCAGUGAGGUUUUCAUGAAAUGAAAGGAAAAAUUCAGAGGUCACCUAUAUUUUAGGGGGCAAAUCAUGUUUAGGCUGGUUCAUAACUUAAGGAAUAAUUCACAUUGAACAGACAUUAGGCAGACAUUUAGGCCGGUUCAUAACUUUAGGAAUAAUUCACAUUUAACAGACAUAAUAGUAAAAGGUCCUAGUAGUGGCAGUGGGCUGCCAGUAACUGGCAUUUAUUGAAUCUCCUGGUGUAUCUGUUUCCAUGGAUUGGCAAGCAUUUUUUCUCUCUCUCUUUCUAGUUAUUGGGCUGUUUGUUGUUUUAUGUUUCAUCCUCCCCUAACCUAGCCACCCUUCAACCCUUUAUCUGCAAAACAAAAUUCAUAACUAUCAAACUGUUUGGUUUUUAACAGAGCUUGGACUAUGAUACUCCUGAAAAUUCACUUUACUUCAGAGAGCAGAAGUCCUAUACCCCAGAGGUAAGUAAAGAGGCAGCAGUUACUACAUCUUGAAUGAUAGGAUGUGUCUCAAGGAGUCGUUCAUUAAUCACUUGACUACUUUUGAUGCAAGAUAUGUCAAAGGCUAACAUUAAGUUAUGCAGGUAAUUUGGUGUUUACAACUGAAUUGAAAACAUAAAUUAGCCACUGCAAAGGGUAAAAAAGCUGACAUUUCAAGUGUUAGCACUUCAUCAGAGCGAUCGCUCUGACAAAGGGCUAAUGCUCGAAAUGUCAGCUUUUUUACCCUUUACAGUGGCUAAUUUACAUUUUCAACUCAGUUGUUAACUCUAAAUUACCUGCUAUACUCUCCCACCGACGCAACACCACAGUUUCUUUAGAAAUCUACCCCUUUAUAACUUUAAGUUAUACUCUGAUGUCCAAAGGGAUCAAGGCUGGAUACUGUAUUCUUUAGAGUACAAAUAUACUAUCCUGGCUAACUAAAGGUUUUCAUUCUUGAUUUCUUAACCCUUAAACUCCCAUAAGUGACCAAGACAGACUUUAGACUUUAAAAAUUCAAUACAAUAUCAAGCAGACAAGUGAUGAAAAUGAAGAAAAAAAAUCAGUAAGGGGAUUGUUCCUUGAUCCAAUACCAAAUUAUGCAAGGUCACAUUAUUUAAAAAAAAACUAUAUGGGAGACAGUAAGGAGAAUUAAUCUUGGGAUUGAAAGGGUUAAGUUGUUUGAAUUGAUAAAGAAAAAUAGAUAAAAUUUAUGUAAAUUAAUGUUCAUAAAAAAAUUUUUUUUAAUUUCUUUUGGCUCAAUUACUAUUGAUUCUAUAUCAAAUUGUUUUAAUUUUCUUCACAUAUUUAUGUUUGCUUAUUAUUAAGUCUCUCACUAUCUCUAAUAUUUUGUGUAAUAGCUUCACAAAUAUCUAGCAUUGUUUACUGUUGUCUACAAGAAAUUUGUUUGUGUAUUUUUAGUUAAUAUAUUAAAAAAUUUUUCUUCUAUUAUUUUGUCACAAGGAAUAUCAAAUUUUUUUCUUCAGGAACGCCUUCGAGUUAACAUUAACAGAUGGGUCGUUAUGUUUAUCAUUGGAUUUGUCACUGCAGUUAUUGCUUUCGCUAUAGACGUGUUGAUAAUAAUGUUGGCAGGGUUUAAAUAUAAUGUAAUUAAAGACUGUAUCCUUUUUUAUUACAUGCAUCAAAUGGGUUUGUUUUAGUUUUGCUUGUUAUUUUUAUAAAAUUAUCUGUCUUAUGAAAGGUUGGCCAGAAACUGAAAACAUUUUAAUCAAAAUCUACCAGUUAUUGGACAGGUUUCUUGACACAAAAAACUAGUUAGUGAGUUGUAAGCUUGCAAAAUCUUUCAACUUACAUGUUAUAAUAUAUUUUGUUUCAUAUAUAAUGAACAAACGACUGUAAAAAUACAUUGUUUGUCCAAUCAGAAACAAGAGCAAUUAUUAUAAUACUUUACAGGGGAAGGCAAUAAAUGGCUUCCAAUCUUUGAAAUGUGUCAGUCAGUAGGUAGUGUAUAAUAAUCUUAGCACUAGGUACAAAAUAAAAACAUUAUACCAUGGAAAGUGCUUGAAUGAUUUUUAUUCACUUGUUGCAAUGCAUUAAAAAACUCACUCAUUUACUGCACUCACUCGUUUGUUUUUUUAUAUAUCAUAACUCUUGAAAAAAAAUUGUUCAUGAACAUUUUCCGUGGAAUGAUCUCUAUUUAUUUUUUGAAAGCAAACGAAAUAUUCAAACAAACAAACCCAAAGUCACUCAAAAGAAGUGGAUUCAAAUGGAAAUGAAUAACAAAAAGUUAGACAAUUACUGGUGGUAAUUCCUUUUUUUUUAUGACAGAAAAAGUUGUUAGCAUUGGCAAUCUGACUAUUAUUAAAAUCAUACUAUGUAAUAUGUCACUUUCAAAUUUUUCAAGAAGUUUUAGAUUGUUAUUGAAUUUUGCUGUUCACAAGAUGUUACCAUUUUAACUGUGUUAAACAAUUCUUGACUUUAUGGUAGAUAUUAACCAAUGCACCAGCGGAAAUUGUAUGUCCAUUCCUUACUCAUUAUGGGUUGUACUAGAUGCUCUUAUGGUUUGCAUUGCAGCUUGCUUGGUUGUUUAUGGAGAGGUAAUUGCUAAAAUCUUCUGAUAUUUUGCAGUAUCAUAUUACAGAGGUUUUUUAGAUUUUUUAUUGAGUUAACCCUUUAACUCCCAUGAGUGACCAACACAGAAUUUCUCCUUACAAUAUCAAUACAAUAUCUACCAGAUGAGUGAUGAGAAUAAAGAAAAAUAUCAAUUUGAGGAUAAUUAGUUGAUCCAAUACUAAAUUAUCUGAACUAACAUUAUAAGAAUUGUAUGGUUGCCAGUAAGGAGAAUUACAAAUUUGAUCUGAGAGUUAAAGAGUUAAAACAUUGAUGAUAUUACAUAAAUAUGAUCUCUUACUGUGAAGUGAUAAUCAAGAGACUGACCAGGGGUCUUUUGGAAUAGAAGUUAUGUUGUGAAAAAUUAAUGAAACAGCUAUUAAAUGUAUGUUUUCAGGAGAGAUAUUUUUUUGUUAAACAAUGGUUAUUUUCUUAUUGCUUGGUCUCCUGGCAUAUUAUGUAAUAGACUUCAUUUAAUAAUUCAAAUAAAUGUAUCCUCUCUGUUCACUAAGAAAAUAUGAUUAUGAUAUUACAAAUACUUUUUUCAGCCUGUGGCAGCAGGGAGUGGUAUUCCACAAAUCAAAUGUUACCUCAAUGGGGUGUUGGUACCACAUGUUGUUAGAAUAAAGGUAAAGAAUUGUGAUCAUUUCAAGAUCUUUUGGUGUUACUUCUUUUGUCAGAGAACUUUUUUUUCUGCCAUACUGUCAAUCAAUACAUGUAAUUUCAAAGUGAAGAAUUUUCAGUUGGACAAGGCUCCAGACUUUAACAGCAUUCUUCUAGACUCUUAGCUUGCUUAGUCUGCUAUGAUCGUGUAUCAUCAAUAAUGAUUAUUAUAAUAUUAUUAAUAUACUUAUUAUUAUUAGAUUAGAGAUAUUCUUGGAUUGUUGUCAUUAAUUUUGAAAUAGAGUGCGUUAAUUGCUUAAAUUUGUUAAUUCUUUAACUUAAUUCUUUGUUGUCCUCUGUUCCUAUCAUUGAUUGGGUACCCUGUGUCUUAUAAUUACCUGUCCAAGUGCCUUUUUUUCAAUUAACAAAUGCUUUCUCUUCCUAGACCUUGUUCUGCAAAACAGUUGGUGUUGUAUUUUCAGUGGCAGGCGGCCUGGCCUGUGGUAAAGAAGGUCCCAUGAUUCAUUCUGGAGCUGUAGUCGCAGCAGGAGUUUCACAGGGAAGAUCUACAACCUUCAACAAAGACUUCAAAAUGUUUCAGUAUUUUCGGGAAGAUCAUGAGAAAAGAGAUUUUGUUUCUGGUGGUGCUGCUGCAGGAGUGUCAGCAGCUUUUGGAGCACCUGUUGGUAAGUCAAAUAAAACAAAACUGAUUUAAAAUAUCCAGACCCAAUGACAAGAUAUCUGUAAAUCUAUUGAAUAUUAACAGUCCUGGCCUCUCCCUUGAUUAGGUGGGGUGCUCUUUAGUUUAGAAGAAGGAGCAAGCUUUUGGAACCAGAGCCUGACUUGGAGAAUGUUUUUUUCAUCCAUGGUUUCCACUUUCACUCUCAAUGUCUUGUUAUCUAUUUAUAAUGGCACCCCUAUGGAUCUCUCAAACCCUGGACUUAUCAAUUUUGGUUCAUUUGAGGUAAGUUUCCACAGUACUACUUGUUAAAAGUAGGUUUGAGCUCAUUAAAAUUUUUUCAAAGUUACCAUUUUGCAACUGAAAAUCAGAAAACAGUGGGUGGAAAUAAAAUUUUAGUCCCCAGAGGCCAGCAAUCAUUUCUAAAAGAUGUAAGUUAUGACAUCCCAAGAUGUAACAAUCACACAGGCAAUUAAUAAGCACUUGUAAUAUUUUAUACAAGUUUGUACCUCACUUUAAUGCAAGAUUAUAAAAAAUUAAAAGAAGCACAUGUUGCAGCAUGCUACUUGACCCACAAACAUUGGCAAAACUCAAGUUUUCCCUACAAGUUUUCUUCCCAUGCAGAGCUCCUGGCCAGUGAGAAAUCCUCGAUCCUUUACCAGUGAAUCUUAAUUAGAAGUGCUGUCUGAACUCUGUGUUGAGUUGUGAAGAGAAACUGUGAAAUUAACUUCACCAGUAGAAGGUUGUAUUAUUAAUUACCAGUGGGUAAAAGAUUUCUAUGAUCUGUUGAUCAUUUAAUUGAUUAGUAUACAUUCAUGCUUUCAUGGAGGCCUAUUUGAAAGUCUAAAGUGUUCUACUUUUGUUCCCCAGGGUCAAACAUAUGCGAGCUAUGAGAUACCUUUGUUUUGUGUAAUGGCAAUAGUUGGUGAGAAUUUUUGUUUUGUAUGAAAAAAUCACACACACUUUCUAAGAAGCUUAACUGUAGAUUUUUAGCAAGUGAAAUAUAUUUUGGUUUAAUUACUUCUUAUUGGGUUAAAAUGAUUCGCAAGUGGACAAGAAGGGGUUACAAAAAAAUCUUGUUAUCAAUAAGUUUGAAAUUUAUGUAAACUCAAAGACUGAAAGUGAUAACCUGAGUAUUAUGCACCCAAUUGUCAUUACAACUAUAGUUUUAAUUUCUUUCUUUGCUUAUUGUUUUCAAUUUGUAAUCAUUUCUUAGGUGGCUUGCUUGGGACACUUUUCAAUGCAAUCAAUCACCGUUUGUGUAUAUUCAGAAUGAGGUAUAAUGUUUGACUAUCCUCUUUAGUGAACAUUUUUUUUUGCAUGAGUAACAUAAAAAAUAUUGCAAGCUUGGGUUACUGGUUUAACCCUUUAACUCCCAGAUCAAAUUUGUUAUUCCCCUUACUGUCAACCAUACAAUUCUUAUAUCGUCAGUUUGGAUAAUUUAGUAUUAGAUCAACUAAUUAUCCUCAAAUUGAUAUUUUUCUUUAUUCUCAUCACUUAUCUGGUUGAUAUUGUAUUGAUAUUGUAAGGAGAAAUUCUGUGUUGGUCACUCAUGGGAGUUAAAGGGUUAAGCAUUUCUCCCUGUUUGAUGAUUUACUGACUGGCCUUUCUGUAUUACUGUCAAUCUAAGAGUUUUUAUAAGUUUCUAAUGGUGAUGUUUUGAGCAUUCACCUUUGGUCUUUGAAUGAUGAAGGGCAAACAUUCAAAAUGUCAGAUUUCAGAAGUUGUUAUGAAGGCCAGUUUACAGUAUCAAGUCAGUUGACAAACAUAUUAUCUUGUAUAUCACCCACCAACACAGUACCACUGACAGUUUCCAUGAACAAAAACUUACCCCCUUUUUUCAGAAGGGUUGUUGUAGGUACAAAGAGCUUUGUGAAAGCUGUAGUUUGAGCCCUAAGUGGUUCAUUGGUUGUGUUCAUAGAUAAAACACUUUCUCUUGCAGUGCUUUUCUUAACCUGCAUAAAUGGGUAUCAGUAAAAACUUGACAAUUUCCUUGAGGUCACCUGCCAUGGCCAGCAGCAUCCCAUAUAGGAGCCAGUAGAAAUACUGCAUAUUAUUUCUUUCCAACAAAACCAGGACAAGCCGUGGCCACUCUUGCCUUUAGCUUUGAUUUCAGACUUCAAGUAAAGAGAGCCAUUUAAUGAGAGAAGUAUAAUACUUGUAAUAUUGCCCUCAAUUCUAUUUCCAGGUAUGUGAGAAAGAACUGGCUUCGUGUAGUUGAAGCAAUGAUAGUUUCUGUGAUGAGUGCAACUUCUGCUUUUGCGUUGAUCUACUUCUAUGAUGACUGCAAACCAAUAGGAGCAGCAAACAUCACCAGACCAUUACAGGUGCAUAUCGCCUUCUUACCCUAACAUCAGUAUGCAUAUUCUCAAAACUGCUCUCUAUACAUUUCUGUUUCUAAUGAUGAAGAGAUUUUGUUUAAUGAUCAUAAGCUUUUCCAGAUUACAAUCGUUUCCUUCAUUCUCUUCAAUUUAAGGCUUAAUGUCAUGUGUUUUACUGCACUUUUAUUUGUGCUCUUGUUAAUUGAGCAAACGCAGAUAAUAAAUAUGCCAAAUACAAGACAACACGAGUGAAGGUAAAUCUUGAUGAUCUUUCACUUAUGAUCUGUUUUGAUUAGUUUUUCUGCCAGGAUGGUCAAUACAGUUCUAUGGGGACCUUAGUAUUCAACACACCUGAGGAGUCCAUCAGAAAUCUUUUCCACUUGGAAGAGUGUAAGAAAAGGUUUUGAGAAUGUUUUAAUCAUAAUCUACAGGCUGGGAUAGUUCUGGAAUUGACAGAUUGUAAGAAGUUGGUUGGAUUUAAGUAGCUUGGUAAGCCAAGCUUUGGUGGCAAACGUGUAGAAACUCAGACCAGGUUUUAAGUAUUACUUUCAGUGCACUCUGUUUUCAAAAAUGAUGCUAAAGGAAGGAAUACAGACAUACAAUUUCGUUAAAAGUAAAGGUAUAUAUUGAGUUUCAAGAAAAGAAACAAUCUGAAGUAUUAUGGCUGGCAAAGCUAUUAUUAUCAUUUUGUACGAUGUAAUUUUAUUUAUAGUCACCCAUGUACCCGCACUUAAACUGGCAGUUAUAGCUUUAUAAAAUUAUUCGUUUCAUCAAAUAAAUUAUCGUGAGGAAAUCUUUCCUCCCUGUCAGGCAAUUGCUUGGAGGGGUGUUAAAUUCUCUCAAUUUGGACUUAGUGCGGCAACUUGUUCCCAAUUAAUUUAUCACCCACAAGGUAACUUUAUGACAUUUUUCUUUUCAGCUUCAUAUGAUGUGGCGAUGCUAGCUGGUUUUGCUCCAAUCUACUUCUUACUUGCCACUUGGACUUAUGGUUUGUUCGUUCCCAGUGGUCUUUUCGUGCCUUGUAUUCUGACCGGGGCAGCCUGGGGACGUCUCUGGGGAGUGGCGUUGAGGAAGGUGUUUCCACAGGGGAACUGGGGUCAUACGGGAAGUUACGCGCUCAUCGGAGCUGCUGCUACUCUUGGUAAUAACAUAAGUGAAAAAUACCUUUCUCUUACUAUUUACAAAACAUGACGCUUUCGAAAUUGCUGAUCUUAGCAGUAUGCAGGACGCGUGUCAUAUAUGAGCUUCGUAAUGAGCCUUGCUCACCACAGAGUCUCUGUGGCUCAGUGGUAGAGCAUGGGAGCUCAGAAUCUGAAGGUCUGAGGUUCGAUUCCUCACGCUCGUGACAAGACGAAAAACAUCUUUCUCUAUAAUUAAGGUCAGCUUAUAAAGGGAGGAUUGACCGAUUGACUCUCUGACUAAUGGAUUGAUUCACCUAUUGAUUGAUAUGUGCAAGAUGGUUGAACAACGUGAGAGUUUGGAUACAAUCAAAGUAAUAACUUCUUGCAAUCCUGUCGUGGUCAAUGGGGGAAGGUCUUGUAGCCCAUGUGCCCCCGACCUUUCCUCUCAAAGUAACCGGUAAUAACUCUCCUGUUUCUCAUUUAGGCGGUGUUGUCAGAAUGACGAUCAGUCUGACAGUUAUUUUAAUGGAGGCAACUGGAAACAUAAGUUUUGGUAUUCCCAUCAUGAUCGUUCUUAUGAUCGCUAAAUGGGUUGGUGAUUUCUUCAACGAGGUGAGUUGACCAGCUGUAAGUCUUCAGGCCCCGAAGUUUUGCGAAACUGACGACUUUUAUUGGGGAAGCUGUUCAUGUGUUGACCCCAUGUAACCCCCUCUCUCCCCCUUAACAUCUCCCUCCCCCCCCCCACGGUGAAAGACGCAGAUGCGAAGAUAAGUGCCCCAAAAACGAUUCUCAUAGGCCUGGGUUCGAGCCUCUUACCUGAUCGCUGUAACUUUGAAACUCUUUGUUUGGUAAUGGCGAUCUGAUGGAUUGGCAGCUUAUCCGAUCCAACGAUAAUAAACAAAGUAGUUGAAAAACUUAACCGUGAUGCAUUGACAUCUGUGUGAAGCUUAAAGUUCGCGCCCUCUCUUGUUCAGGGUUUAUAUGACAUCCAUAUCAAGUUGCAAGGUGUCCCUUUGCUUGGCUGGGAAGCGCCAUCGAUGGCCGUCGGAUUGAAUGUCAGGUAAGCUUGAACUGAGCAACCUUCUAGUGACGCCUGUAAUUGAAGACUUCUGCGGGUGUAGUAGUUAUUGCGUUAGAAGGAUGCUUGUACCACGUGGGGUUCUCGACCAAUCAGAUUUCUGUAUUGAAAAUCGAGUUGACUUUUAAGGGGAGCGGAUCAUGAAGUACGCUGACGUCACGCAAUCUAAUAAGUUGAGACAUUCAAUAACGUCUCGUGGUACAAGCAUUCCGCUCUCUCAUUGGUUAAUACUCUUGUUAGAGUCUGUUACGAGCCCAAGAGAGCUAAACCUUCCAAAAUACUGAUAGGAUAUUGAGCUAUUUAGCAAUCCCAAAAGUUGUGACUUUUCAAAAAUAACGACCACACGCCAAUGGUCGGGGCUGGAAAUGAUAUUAAAAAAAUCGUUCUGACAGCUCGAUCGCUCAACUUUUCACGGAACACGCUAAUACGUUUGGAGCUAAGUUUUUUAUUUUGGCUUAUUUAAGUCAUGUUCGUUUGAUUUUCUCCUCAGUGAUAUUAUGAGUCAAAAAGUAGUUUGCUUCAAAUCAGUAGAGAAGGUAAGUUCGAUUAUUUCUCCACAGCUCACCACUUUAGCUUGGAUUUACAUUCUACGAGCGAAACAUGUUCAAUUAUCCACCUUCUUCCCUAACAUUUCCCAGUCUGUGGGUUACUCCAACAUGGAUUUAGUUUGCUCAUUUUUGAAAGUUCGUCUUAAUUAAUCUUGGAACUUGGCCUGAGAAAUUUUUCUCCCCUCUGUCAAGCCCAUUUCCGAACUGCCUCUUGUUUUUAUUACAUUUGGAAAGUGUUUCGUCACAGUAAGUGGUUCAGUUAUGGAACGACCUAACCUUUGCGAGAAAAAUAAUGCGCUCACGGUUUUUUUAGGUAACCUCCACGAAUUUCUUGUAAAUCUCAAGGAAGUUUUAUCAUAGGCCCUGUAUAAGCCUUGUAUUAGCUUCUGCCUUUUACUAAAAGAGUGACUGAUUCCCGACGAUGAAGUGGAAAGCUUUCGGUUAUUAAAGGAUGUCUACCUUAACUCUCUCUCUCUCUCUGAGGUUGUCUGAGGUAAUUUUGAGGCGUUUAACUUAACCAGUUUUCAUCUUGUCAGGUUGGACGAAUAGUUGACGUAUUGAAAGACACAAGCUCUCACCACAAUGGGUUUCCUGUAGUUGAUUUCCUUGAAUUAAGAGAAGGAGAGGUAUGCUUAUUUGAGCUGUUUUUAUGCUUUGUUUAAUUCAGAUAAAAGACACUUUUCCAUCGCUUUGUUCUUUCGUUUCAGGAAUCCAGUAAUGCAGACAGAGACACGGCCCCGUUCGGGACUUUCCGCGGCUUAAUACUUAGAUCCCAGCUUAUUAUUCUUCUUAAACAAAAGGUAAGAAAAUGAAGCACAUAAAUGUCUAGAAGGAUACAAAAUCAGAGAUCCCAGAAAUUAAUAAAGUGUUCCAAGGGAAGAUCAUUCUGUUGAGAAGCGUCGAAGGGAAGAGCUCGAGGUUGAACUUUCGGAUUUGAUUCACAACAACCAGACACUUGAUCGGGAGCUUUGUCAUUUUGCGCAACAAGCAAAAUUGUGGCAAGAGCUCGAGAAUGAGACCUCUUGUCUGGCUUUGUCAGUCGAUAAUGACUCGGCACCUACUCAGCAAAUAUCGGAAAGCGUCGAAAAUAUCAGCUUGGUUAACGAUGACUCGUUUGUUCUUGUAAAUGAAGAACUGAAUCGCCAAAGCAGUGCUGUGUUGGAUCAAAGCGAGGUUGAAGUUUUAAAUCCAUCGCUUUUUCUCAUUCUAUUUAAUUUCUUCCUUUUAGAUAUUCUCUGAGAAUAGUCGCCAAGGGAAAAAACAUAACUUGAUGUUGCAGGAUUUCAGAGACGCUUAUCCGCGAUUUCCUCCCAUCCGAGUGAGUAUGGGUUCGAGUGAAGGUGUUGAGUUUAUCUCUCUUGCUUAAAGGUUCUUCAGACGUACCUACUUAACUCGAACCAUUGGCAAGCUUAUGAAGAAUUGUGCGUCUAAACCAGACAUAAGUGUUGGAAAUGAGUUUUUUUGUUCCCAUGAUGCUUCUGUGGCUCAUCGUGCUAGCGACUUGAAUUUAACAAAGCUUUUUACAUAAUAUAGAGGAUCUCUUGGAUUUAUAUUUUUGUUUGUUUUUGUUUUGUUUUGUUAUGGUUUUUUUUUUAUCAUUUCGUGUAUUGGCGUCUUAGGCAUUGCGGUUUGAGGGAUCACUGAUAAAGAUUUCUCAAAAAUAUGAUAUAAUUUCAUUUCUCCUCGUGAUUGUUCAAUUGAUGCGUAGUUGCUUUUUUUUUGCAGAAUGUCAGUAUAUCAAAGAAAGAGAGAGACUGCUACAUGGAUCUUAGACCGUUUAUGAACCCAAGCCCCUACACAGUGCAUGAAGUGAGCUCUAUUUUCCUAAAUACCGUCGUAGUUUUCAGAACAUUUGCUGUGUAAAGCCGAUAUGAAAUGUAAACUACGUUCAAGCAUCAUAACGCCCUUACUCUUUUAUUUCAGAAUGUAUCCCUCUCCCGUGUUUUCAAGUUAUUCAGAGCUCUGGGACUCAGGCAUAUUGUUGUGGUAAAUGAAAACAAUCAGGUGAGUAGGGUCUGGAAACUAGCUAAAUGUCGGGGUCGUGAAAUUGUUUCUACUCACGCGGCCUUGGUGCAUUUACAUGUUAGAGCGAGUUCCUCUAAGUCCUUUGUGUUGUGAUUUAACAAAUUAUCGGCGUGAUUCCUCUGGCACAUUUCGAACUGAGCUGGGUAGUCCUGAUAGUUGAAAGCGUAUGCGGUUAGAUGUGAAAGCAUCUCGUGGCGCGACAGUAAACAAAAGAAUUAUCAGAUGACCAAAAAUUGCUUAAUUCUCAACACUUAAUUGUCGAAUCUUAUUCACGAUAUCUUGACUGACUUCACGCUCUCUGUUACAGGUUGUUGGUAUAGUAACGAGAAAAGACAUCGCUCGUUUUCGAAUGUGGAGUCAUCGUGGUCAGAUUGGCCUAGAGGAAGUUCACAUUUUAGAAGAAAACUCCAUACACGAUUCUUUUUAA